ACCUCUCGCAUUUUCCAUUCUCCAUAGACCAUUUUUCUUACAACACAAAAGAUAUAUAAAAAAAUAUACAUAGGAUCUCAAAGGCGAAGGCAAGCAAACAUAAAAUAAUGAAGAAGGUAGCAGAAUUCGUGAAGGAUAUAGUAAACAUGUUGAAGAGGAAGACAAGAGCGUUUAAGACACGUCUAGUAAUAUUCUCGCUGCUCCACGACAGAAACAUGAUGGUGAGCUCGUGGUCUCACAAGCUUAAGGCCAAACCAACAUCAAGGCAGCUAGGGGGUAAAGAUCAUGAACAAGAUCAAAACAUGGUGGUGGUUUAUAGCCACAACGCCUUCUCCCGCACUCCUGCUGCCUCUCCAAAAUAUGUUCAAUAUUCGGAAGAAGAAGAAGAGGAAGAGGAAGAGGAAGAGGAGGAGGAGGAAAAGUAUCCAGACCUGAGACACUCGCUUUUUGAGGCAGAGGGUUCCGUGAUAGACAUGGUGAAGCACUCUAAAGAGGACAAGGGGGAAGAGUUUAAGUUGGAAGACGAGAUCGACAAAGUGGCUGAUCUUUUCAUUUCUCGGUUUCACCAACAGAUGUGGUUGCAGAAGCAGAUCUCUCUAGAGAAUAUUCAAGAUACACCCUGAGCACCACACUACAUCAUCUAAGCACUUUGAUUACACCAUAACGACCGUUACCUAUCGUUUCAUGGUCCAUUAAAUAAGUUAUAUGGGCUCGUAUAUAUACGAAUUGCACGCUUGUUUUCAGCUUUUAAAGCCUGUUAAGGCCCAUUCAUCAAUAUAACUCACUAUUGUAAGGUCACAUUAGUGAAGAGUAUAGGGGGGUGAAAUAUUGCUGGUUAACUGCACAUGAUGCUUCUCUAGUCAUGUGAUUAUGUCUCUGUAUCCCUUUUCUCCCCAAAUAUUUCUCCUACUAUCUCUC